GGACUUUUGAUCGAUAACUUCAGUUUGCGGCGCUAAAGGUACUCUGUUGCUCAACGUUUCGGAGCAGAAAGAAAGGGAGGAAAACACAUUAAUCUGCGAAAAUAUACACUUUAUGUACCACUUAUAGUGGGGUAUCUAAUGGUGUAGAUUCUUUUGGCUUUUGUUCUGCUCUGGUGUGUCAUUUUAAGUUCUGUUUUUCACAAUAAAAAUGUCUGCUUUUCAUUCACUGCCAGAGGACUUCCAUCACAUUGAACUCAAUAAAACGAUAUGGGAAGUCCCCAAUCGGUAUGUGCGACUGGAACCCGUGGGCUCAGGAGCGUAUGGGCAAGUAUGUGCGGCAGAAGAUACCCGGCAGAAAGGUUUGAGGGUAGCCAUUAAGAAGCUGUCCAGACCGUUCCAAACAGUCAUACACGCCAAGAGGACCUACAGAGAACUGCGCCUUCUCAAACAUAUGAGACAUGAAAAUGUAAUCAGCCUGCUUGACUGUUUCACCCCUGACCGAGUCAACUUCUCAGAUGUUUACAUGGUGACCCAUCUCAUGGGAGCCGACCUUAACAACAUCAUCAAGUGUCAGAAACUCUCUGAUGACCAUGUCCAGUUCCUCAUCUAUCAGGUUCUCAGGGGCCUCAAGUACAUCCAUUCUGCUGGUGUGAUUCAUCGAGAUCUCAAGCCCAGUAACAUAGCUGUCAAUGAAGACUGUGAACUCAGGAUCCUGGACUUUGGAUUAGCACGUAGCACAGACGAUGAGAUGACAGGAUAUGUAGCUACCAGAUGGUAUAGGGCACCUGAAAUCAUGCUCAAUUGGAUGCACUACACUGAGAAAGUUGACAUCUGGUCCGUAGGCUGUAUCAUGGCAGAGCUCCUCACACAGAAAACCCUCUUCCCAGGGUGUGAUCACAUAGACCAACUGAAUAAGAUCAUUGCUAUCACAGGGAAACCAGACGAGACCUUCUUACAGAAGAUCGCAAGUGAGAGUGCAAAGACAUACCUGAUGAGCAUGGCUGCCUACCCUAAGAGGGACUUCAGCACUAUCUUCCUAGGGGCCAGUCGCAAGGCUGUCGAUCUUCUGGAGAAGAUGCUACAAUUGGAUGAGGACAGAAGGCUGAGUGCUGAGCAGGCUCUUCAGCACCCCUAUCUGUCUAAGUACCAUGAUCCAGAUGAUGAACCAAUUGCAGCCAUGUUUGAUGAUAGUCAGGAGAACAGCGACAUCGUAAUAGAUGAAUGGAGACAACGCGUUUUGAAAGAAGUAACAGAAUUUGUUGCAGACCCAGCUCCGAUGGAUUGAGUACAUCAGCGACUAAAAAAAUCAUCGGUUAGAAGUCACUUGAGCAGUAACUCUGUAUUGAAGUAUAAGAGUUAACGUGGCUCCAAACUGAUGUUAUGAGAGCUUAUAUGAUUAUCAUGCAUAAUUACAGAGUCCAUUGUCAGUGUGUAUUAAAUGACUUAUUAGCUCAGAUAUGUGUCAAAGUGAAGAUUAGCAAGAUUCAUAUCACAGACUUGUAUUUUAUGUGGAUGAAGACGUACGAGAGGAAUCUUUACUGUGAAAACCACCCAAAAUGUGUCAUUUGUUGAUCUUUCUGUUCAACAAAUCAUUUCUUUUGUCAAAUUAUAUAAAUACUUAUAUCAGCAUGAAGUGUGUUGAAUGUAGUAUAGCAUUGGCAAUAAUUAUGUUCAAAGAGAAUUGGCUGGGAUGGGAUUUUGGUAAGGAUAGUUUCUCAGUUCAUCAUCUAGUAUCAAAUAAUUAAAAAAUUGAAACAAAAUCAUGUGGAAAUUUCUUCUUGCUUUAACACUUAAAAUGGGGUUUGAUUGGGACCAUUUAGUAUCCAUGAAAACCACCUACAUAACCAAUUACCAACAAACACAAAAAAAGCCCUGAAAUUAAAUUCUUCAUUAUUCUUAAAUUUAAUUGUAAUCUCAGAUGAGAUUUGGUUACCCCUUUUCCAUGUGUGACAAUGAGUGGUGGGGGGGGGGGGGGGGGGGGGAGGGUUGAGCUUAAUAAAUGAUGCAAAACUGAUUGAGAUACCAAAAAGCUUGAUAUCUUCAAAACAAUGUAAGCUCUUGGUACAUAUUUCAUGUAUAAUAGCUGGUAAAUAAGUACUGGUACCAUAUUCCAAUGAAUAUAUUUGUUGUAUAAUAGCAUCACCAUGGGUACAUUAAGUGCAUAAAAAGAUGAAAAUUAUUAGUUAUUGGUUAAUAGGAGAAUAUUCAGGUAUGGCACUGACUUUGCAAUAACAUGUUAUGAGUGUAUAGGUGUAGAGGCAUAUCAAUGUAUCAUUUGUCUACAUGUCUUGUAGUGGUGGCUCCUACCACGAAGGUUCACUUGUAUAUACACAGCUUGCAUACGGCCCCUUUCUUCAGAUAAGAAUAGUGUGAUCAAUUGUUGUGCUUGUGGGCUUUUUAGCAUGUCUUUCUGAACCAAGUACUAAGCAAAUAAUGUCAAAAAAGUGUCUGUAUAUUUUCAAGCAUAGAGAGUUGCAUCUUAUAGAAAGUAAAAACAGCAUGUUUUUGCCACAAUUGCCAUAUUAUUUAGCAUAUUAGAAUGUUUUUUUGCUUGCUCCAUGUCCCGCAAGUGUUACAUUCAUGUAAAUGAUCUCAUUAUUCUACAACUUUAACUUCAGUCAGUUUCUUCUAAAUAAACAAAUCACAUUAUGACUAAUAUUAAAGAUAAUUAUGUAAUAAUGAUAAUGAUAACAACAGCAACAACAAUUACAACAAUAAUAAUAAUAAUGAUAAUAAUAAUUGUAAUAGUAAAAAAAAAUUAGAACUAGAUUUAUAAUUAUUAUAAACUACUUAAUUUUAUCAAUUAAUUACUUGCUAUUUCCUUACUGCUGAGGUAAUUAUUCAUUGCAUUCUUCAUAGCAAUACUUAACUUUUAACUUAACUGGAAUCCAUUUAAGAAAGAAAUGUAAAAAAUUAGGUUUUGCAUGAACAAUUAGACAUGUCUAUCGUACUUAAAGGGAGUGCUUAUGCCAAUCUGUCUCUAGUGUAUUGACACUGCCUAAUAUGUUAGUUGUUUCUGUCAUGGGACUAUGCAUACUGAUGCAGGAAUGUUGAUUGCAGCAUAUGUAAAAAUACACCAUCCCCGGGAAUUCAUUGUUAUCACAAAGCUAACAGAUGAAAAAUAUUCUCUAUUAAAUAAAACAUGAUGCAUUUCACUUAACAAGGUCACUGACAAUGCCCAAACUGCUAUGUGUAUACCCCUAUUUAUGUUUUUCUCAUCCCUAUCAAGAUGAAUUAAUUCAUAGAAGCAAUGUUGAUUUUGUAUGAUUAUUUUGUGUUUUGCUCCUAAUCUUCAUUAUUUCGCUGUGCCUUUAUCAUAGAAUCAACUCUGCUACAGAAUGCUGUUUUAUUUUUACACUAGCGAUGUACAUGUAUAUACAUAUAUGUGUAUAAGUUGAAUUGUUACCAUCCCACUUCUUGUAAAUAUAUUGUGGAAUGUUAUUUAGCUGUUUUAUAUGUAAGAAAGAAUAUUGGAUUUGUUAAUAGAAAGAAAAAUCCUUGGAAUGCCAGAAUAUCUUUGAAGUCGCAUAGUAUAUAGUGUUAAGUCAUGAGCUUUGUAUGUACAUGUAUGUAUGAAUAUAGGAACCGAUACCCAUGUUUCAAGAAGUGAAAAUGGUCUUACACUAACAUUUUUGAACGUUUCUCUCGUUGAAAAAGUGAUUGUCCUGGUAGUGGUUGGAGAGGUAGUCUUGUUGAAUUUGUCAGUCUUGUAGCAAAGUUCACUGUUUAAAUAUGAAAAUAAUGAAUUAAGCUUAUCUAUCUACAUAGUACCUUGAAGUACAGACGACCCGUAUUAUAGAUUGAACUUAUAAACAAAGGAACUACGUACAUGCACAACAAAUUAUUUGUUAUGUGGGCAUGUUAAUUUCCUAGUAAUGUACCGUACAGGAGAUACUGGAAGAUUGUGAAAUCCUAUUCUAGUUUUAGAGUUUUAGACUUUUAACACACAUCACUGAACUAUUUUUCUAAUAAAUUAAUCUAAUUUAAUAAUGAAUUCAAAAUGAUUAUUUUGUAAAGUGUUCGACAGGAUAAGACAAUUACACCAUUGUAAUUUUUGAUCAGUUAGAAAACCAAUCAGAAUUCGCUAUCUUUCCCAAUUUUUCCAACAAAAACUUGAAAUUGAUUAGUGAUAUAAUAAAGAAUAAAGAAGAAAAAGUAUUGAAUUGUCAUUUUAACAUUGUUCACAAUCAGGCAGCCUAUUUUAUCAAUCCAAUGAUCACAUAAAAAGAGACUAGAUGAACAGAUUGCAGUUUUGAGGUUGCUAUAGUACUACAGGAUUUGGGUGCUGUAAAUAAUGUAACCAGUUAUUGAGAUAUAAAAAGCAAACUGCAUUCAACCUUAACACUGGUUCUUGUUGCAAUCAUGAAUAUUGUAAUUAUUUAAGAAGUCUGUACGUGUGUUCAUGUUAUGUCAAAUUAAAUGUAUAUGAAAUAUUCAUUCUGCUAUUAAAACAUAAGUGGAUACCUUUAA